GAUUUUCGUUUAAAAUCCGUUAGUUUUUAAUCUCCCAUGUUUUAAGUGGUACAAAUGGAUAUGAAAGAAAAACAUAGAGAUGUCUGAUGUUGGUAGCGUUGCCAGCAUUUCCUCAACAAGGACUCAAGUGAUAAAUAGAAGAAAUUCAGUAGACUCACUUCCUGGUGUUGAGGCCUACCUGAGGCGAAGACGAGGCUCUACGAGUCAGAUAUUUGCUCCUAGUGAUCUCAAUGAUCUCGAGCAAUAUGUCAACAAGAAGCGCCGAGCAUCUGUUGGGCUUAUUCAACUUUCAGAAAAAGGGGAUAUUUUUCGCGAAAGUUCAAGUUUGAGUUUGGGCCGGCGUCAGUACUCUUCUGGACCCUUAUGGGAACAGGAAGUUGCACAAGGACAGAAAGAAGACGAUGUAGCAACUGUCAAAAAGACCAGGCGACGAAAGAGCAAUGUUCAAGACAAAAAAUCUCUGUAUUCCAUAACUGGAGAAAACAUUGCUGGAAAAGAUAUGCAAUUUCUUGAUAAGCCUGCUAUUGGUGAAAGUGCAACAUCCAACAAUAAUAUCGAGCAAAAGGUAGAAAGAGAAUAUAUCCUUAAGGCACAUCUCCGUGACAACAGCCAUGCCAAGUUUGAAAAUGCCAUUAUGAGACAUUUUUAUAAGGCCCCGGCACCAAAGGCACAUCCGGGGUAUGGCAUGCCCCGCCCAGAAACAAGGGAGGCAAAUCCGUUUAAACUGAUGAUGGCUGAUCUUCAAAGAGACCCGAGUAUUGUUAAGGUCAAUUCGUACCCGUCCCUUUCAAACCCAAAGAAGUGCCAGAUUGGUAAUGAUUUCUGCGAAGUUCUUGGACCUGCAUCCUGCUCAACCUGCAUUGAGACAACGAAUAGAUAUAUUGCAGACGAACUUCAGAGAAUAAUGUUUCCAAAAAUAGACAUGAACAGAGUAAGAUUGGUAAAACCAAAGCUCGCCAGAGUCAUGAAACAUGGACAUAUGUUUCAAGUUCGAAAGAAAAAAAUGGGCGACCUUGAUUACCCCGAGGAAUUGGUGACGUCGCUAAGACGACAAGAAACUCAAAUUAGUCAUUUAACUAAAAGUGCUGUGAAUCAGUUUAGUCGAUCAAGUUCUAGACACAAAAGAAGUUCUCAUACAAACCGAAAAACAAUGUCACGUGAUUUGCCAAAUAUUAAUGAAGACCGUUCAAAAUUGAAACCAUUGGAAUUAAAAUGAUUCUUGUGA